AUGGCAGCCCGCAGGUGGAGCCUACCCUUGCAUCAGAGGCUGAAGCUGCUCAUCUCGAAGAGUGCACCUGGCCCUCGAGGCGCUCCACUGCAGAGCCGGGCCGUUUGGCUGCCGAGGAGUGCCGUGCAUGUUUCGCCGUUUGCCGCGCAGAAUGAUGGCGAGGCGACCUGGGCACUCUUGUGCGCCGCGGCCGGUGCUGGCGCUAUGGCCCUGGCGGCCAUGAAAGAUACGAGGGGUACAGCGAGCUGCUACUUCGAGCCUGCGCCGCAUGGCGGGGUCGAUCGACUCAAGAGGUGGUCGCUUGUUUACUGGAACCUCCCCUCAGGCAGCUCGCCCAGCUUUCACCAGACAGAGGUGAACCCGCACCUGGAGAAGCACCUCGCCCAGUGGUCGAAGGGAAUGUCUUCUGCUCCCGCGGAGACAAAGGUUCUGGUGCCGCUCUGCGGCAAGUCUGUGGAUAUGCCCUACUUGUGCGAGCUUGGCUUCAGCGUUGUCGGAGUCGAGGGCAUUCCGCGAGCCAUCCUUGAGUUCAAGGCAGAGCACCAAAUACGCGUGAAGGGAAUGAAGUCCAAGACCUUCCUGACAAAAGACGAGCAAGGCUGGCGGGAAGGGACUUCUUUCCGCCCUGCGGAACAGUUUGAAGGACCCAGAUGUGGUCAAGCCUUCAAGACGGGCGACAGAGGGCUGGGUUACUACUCGGAACGUCCGGCAGUGUGGCGUGGCAAGGUCAAUCUUGGCAGGAAGCAUGCUCCGCUGCACCUCAUCGAGGAUGACAUGUUUGACGUCACACCCGAACUUGUGGCGGCUGCCACGUUUGCGAGGGAUGGCAGGUUUGACCUCAUCUACGAUUGCGAUGCUUUGGUCGCACUUCCCCCGGAAUCUUGGAAGCAGCGCGGAACUUGA